CCAUCCCACUUCGACCAGAAUAUUUACCCUCGGCCAUUCACAAAGCGAAGUGGCUCCCAAACAAUCCUCGUUUAGACAGCCUUGAUUAGUAUCAUGUCAUAAAAAACGUAUCUUUUAUCUCCUCUUGGCCGCUGCCAAACUAUCCUAGCAGCGGUUCGGGGAAUGAAAACUCAUCCCACUUUUCAAUGCUUAAGUUCAACGUCGCAUGCACAUGUCUGCUUAUGGUAGGAUCAAUGGAGAUCUAUCGAGGUCUCUUAUCAUGGUUGACAAGGUGUGAAGUCACAGUUACUGGUGAGCAGGUGGUGAUACGAAUGGGGCAACUUUGCGAGGUGCAGAGGGUAUAUAGGUUCAUGCUUCCCUCUGAUACGGUCUAGACUUUUCUGCCGCGUGACGUCUGGUGACUUUUGAUUUCUGCGUACUUCCUCAUUUUGUUGUGUCUGUGAUAUACAUUUCAUCAUGACUACCCUCAGGCACGGUCAUCUUGAUGAAGAUGCGAUUCCGGGAACAGUACAUCUCGUUGAUCUCGAAGGGACAAUCCGCGCAAAACACUCAGCUGCUCACAAAGAUGUCGUUCUCGUGCCUGCUCCUUCUGCAGACCCGGAUGAUCCUCUGAAUUGGUCGCCUCGGCGGAAACUUUUGAGUACAGUGAGCUUGAGUGUGUACACUCUCAUGGUCGGAAUUGCAAGUGCUGCGAUCUAUAGUGUUUUGGAACCCAUUAGUGAGGACACUGGGUUGACAUUGGGUGAUUUGAAUGCUGGAACUGGGUACAUGUUUUUGUUCUUCGGCUGGGGAUGUUUAUUCUGGCAAGCACUUGCUUUGCAAUACGGAAAGAGGCCCGUUUACUUAUUCAGCAUGUUGGCAACUCUGGGAAUCAUGAUCUGGGUACCUCACGCAACAACGAAUGGGGCAUGGAUAGGAAGCAAGAUCUUGCAAGGUUUCGUCGGCGCUCCAAUUGAGUCUCUUUGCGAGAUCUCUAUCACCGACAUAUGGUUUACUCAUGAAAGAGGAACAUACAUGGGAUUGUAUGCGUUCAUGCUUGCCGGUAGUAACUUUCUCGCCCCAGUUCUUGCAGGUUUCAUCAACGACGGUCAAGGCUGGCAAUGGGUGAUGUACUGGUGUGCGAUAUUUUUGGCCAUCGGCUUCGUCUUUUGCUUCUUCUUCAUGGAAGAAACGAAUUAUGAUCGCGAGCCCCUCGAACUCGUGAACACGCCAACAGACACACCCGGAACAUCGACGCCGAAGGACGGGACGCUAUCUCCAUCACUUGAUCCCGAGAAAACUGGCGUAAUGCAAGAGCCUGAGAACAUUGAUUCUGCUGUAAGCGUGGACGAAUACAAGAAGAAAACCUACUUGCAGAAAUUGUCUCUCCUGGACAAGAAAAGGGACUUCCACCUUUUCAGAAUGAUGAUCAGACCGCUGCUCUUCUUCUCUUUGCCAUCCGUGGUAUACGCUGGGUUCUCGUACGGAAGCAAUUUAGUCUGGUUUAAUGUCUUGAAUGGCACAGCGUCUCUUAUCCUCUCAGCGGCGCCCUAUAACUUUCCGGCAUCCAUGGUUGGGCUUUCUUACGUUAGUCCGUUGAUCGGUGUAGCGGCGGGAUCGUUCUACUCUGGCGUGAUUGGAGAUAGGGUUGUCCUUUGGCUGGCAAGGCGGAACAAGGGUAUAUUGGAGUCGGAGUAUCGGCUGUGGCUUUUUGCCCCUUCAUUGAUUCUGAUUCCUGGAUCCCUGAUUCUAUGGGGCGUUGGGGCCGCACACCAUGUGCAUUGGUUCGGCCUCAUCUUUGCAAUGGGAGUGAUAUCUGCCUCCAACUGCAUUGGUGUACAAUUGAGCGUCAGUUAUUGCAUUGACUCAUAUAAGGACUUAAGUGGCGAAGCUAUGGUUACCGUUAUCAUCAUAAGAAACACCAUGAGUUUUGCUGUCAAUUAUGGGAUAACGCCUUGGGUCACUAACAUGGGGUAUCAGAACGCGUUCGUUGUAGCCGCCUUUGCAGGGUUGGCUCAAGUGUUGACCUUCUUGGCUGUUGUCAAGUGGGGAAAGAGCUGGCGAAACAAGACGAAGAAGACGUACUAUAAGUUUGUGAAGCAGAGUGAGGGGUUGGGCGUUACGCAUUAAGCAGGGACUUAGCUUAAUUGAUAGACACCACUUUUGGUUGCUCAUACGCAGCCGAAUCAUUCGACUCGAGACGGCAACUCGGUUCCAAGCGAAUAGAUUCAGACGAAUUAUGAUUUCUCAGUGAAUAUUCUGUAUUGUUGGAAAGUUACAUUGUCACGGAUGAGAGUUUUGUUGCCGACUUCUUGGGCUUGUUGCUGUCUAGAUGUGACGACAAUAAAUCCACACGUGAACCUCACGUGCCAUCUCAUCUGAAUACUGGCUUUACGCCUUCAAAUCUUUAUGUUGAAAACAGUACGUCUCAUAUAGCAUGCGACAAUUAAGAGAGCAC